AUCUAUGGUGUCGCCCCACACGGCGGCCGAGCCCAAAUUGGUUCUUGCGUGAACGAUGGCGAGUGACCCAACAAGUGAAGUGGGGAUGACGAUGGACCAAGCCAAGAAGGUCGAGGAUGUUGCGGAGAAUAAUGUGCAGGCAUCGUUGCUCGAUGAGCGCACCAGCCGCGACUCGACAGUUGAAGCGGCGGUGGACGUCGUCGCCGACACGUACAAGCACCUCAUGGAAAGUGAAGAAUAUCGUGAAAUCUUCAAAGCUACUUGUGAGGCUCAAGGCCAAGACGUGGAUGUUUCACUCAACCUCCUGGACGAUAUGAUGCCUGAAGUGAUUGCAAUGUCCAAGGCGCUCAUGCAGUCCGCCUUGGAAGACGAGAGACUUUCCAAGCCAGAAGGCACCACCGCCACUCGACUCGACAUUCGAAACUGGACGCCUCUGCUCUAUGCCACAUACGGUGGCAAGCUCGACGAAGUCAAGGCAGUUGUGGCCAAUCUAGGGGAUGCCGUCAUCCAAACCGCAGUCGAAGUUCGCCCCGUGCAUCGAGAUCCAUCGUACUCACGCUGUUGUCUGCAGAGCAAUGGAUUAACACCGCUGCAUCUCGCAUCUAUGUACGGCUACAUGGACAUUGUGCGCUUCUUCGUGCAACAUGGGGCCUCCCACGACGCGGUCACGGUGGAUGGCGCGACGCCGUUGUUCCUGAGCUCCAUGAACGGGCAUUUGGACGUGAUACAAUAUUUGGUAGCUCUCGGCGCGGUUGACGGCAUCAACCGACCGAUCAACGACGGAUGCACAGCGCUCAUUGUGGCGGCGAACAGAGGCUAUGAUGCCAUCGUCACAUUCCUUGUCGAGAAUGGAGCGAGUUCCCUCGCCACCACCAAUGAUGGGCAAACAGCGCUGCACGCGGCAUCUGUGAAUGGACAUAUCGGCGUGGUGAAGUAUCUGCUCGGCAUCCACACGUACACCUCGUAUGCGUCGACGGGGUGUGCAGUCUCGCCGUUCUACCUGGCCGCCCAAAAUGGACACCUCGAAGUUGUUGAGCUCCUUGUCCAAGUGCACCAUGCCCCACUCACCACGGGCGGGACCUUGACGGAACUCGCCGUGGCUGCAAUGCACGGCCAUGUGGAGACUGUUCGAUUCUUGAUUCAAGCUGGCGCCUCCGUCGAGGCCGCGCUGCAAAGUUCGGACGAAUAUGACGGUUCGACACCGCUCUUCUUGGCCAUCCAUGGCGGGUCUGCCACAUGCACCAACGCCAGGUCCUUGGAAGUGGCGGAGUUGCUGCUCACUCUUGGAGGCGCCAACCUCGAAGCAAAGCAGACGAAUGGUGACACGGUGCUGCACUUUGCGGUGCGAUCGGAGCGGUUGGAUGCAGUGAGGCUCUUGCUUGGAAAAGGAGCAAAUGCCAACUCGCCAGACGCCACGGGGACCGAGCCGCUUUUCACGGCGGCCCAAGCUGGCAAGUGGACCAUAGUGAACGCUCUGUUGGCCCAUGGAGCGAACGUCGAUGCUGCCACGGCGGAUGGCACAACCGCGUUGAUGGUGGCGGCCGAAAAAGGCGAUAUUCUAACAGUCAAGGCGCUCUUGGCCAAAGACGCAUCGGCUGCGCUGAAAAACAAGGCUGGCCGGACGGCGCGGGACGUGGCGGUUGCCAACAACCACAACGACGUCGUGACUGCGAUUGACGACAACUAUGUGUUGGGGCCAAAGCUGUACCAAGCUGUGUUUCGCAAUGACAUUGAUGCCGUGCGUUCUCUUCUCGACCGCGGGGCGGAUCCCAUGUACAAGACUGUGGCUGGCAAGACACCCAUCGACUGCGGACGAAGCAACCCAGACAUGCUGGCGCUCUUGGAACAAUACAUCGAGACGAACAAGACCGUCGAGGCGGCCAAACCACGUCGUGCAAAGGGCGACGGCAAGGUACUGUGCCGUGCUGCAAGGGUGAGGCGUCACAUGGUGGGAAGUGCCAAAUUUCGUAGGCGUGCGUGGAAGGUGCCAGAUAGCGGAUGUCGCAUGGUGGCAUCUUUAUGCCAGUGCAGUCGAACCGCGUGAUGGCACUGGGCACGACACUUUGUGUAGUCCACUCGAAUCUACUCAAAUAGUUGUGCAUCCAUCUCUAACGAGUAACCAAAGUCGAUUUCUGUCGUCUGC